CGUUGUGGUGUUUUACUCCUAUGUUCUUCUGUUUAACUCUUGGUUUGAUAAUUAAAGACUCACUUCUGGAUUACCCUGGCACCGUGUGCUUCAUCCCCACCGCAUCGUGACAGUGUUUAACAAAGCAACCAUGACAAAACACCAGACCAGUCAAAAAUGAAACUGGCUGAGCAACAGAGUCUGGCAGAGGACCGCUUGCUAAACAUCCAACAGUGUGGCUGACCUCUGGAGCAAUACAUGGUGGAAUUCCUGGAGCUGUCCCAUCAGAGAAGAAAGGAAUGCAACAGCUGUGUGCCUCUAUAUAUUAACCAAAGUGAUAACUAUUUAUAUAUCAGUCAUCUACCUUGCAUCAUAGGCCUAAGUAGAAACCACAAUCUGCUGUCUCUACGAUCUACUUAGGCUUGUACAAUGGUUUUGGAAAAGCACAGCCCUGUAUGUUUCGUUUAGGUCACAGAUGGACAACCUGACAUUCAGAUACAGCAUACUUUUAAUGGAGGGACUGCAAGUUAAACAACAGUCCUUGCAUUCAGCCAUUCAGAUCUCAGUGGAAAAAAGUUUACACCAGCCUAUGCACAUUCUUUUCUGCAACUUGCCACUCAAUCAUGUAUUAGGGACAACCAUUCUGUUGCCACACUUGAUGAGGAAUACUUUAACAGACACCUCUGAGCAUUACAUCACAUAUGUGGAGUGUGUUAUGCAAGCUUUUUUUGGUCAUUUAUAUGGAACAGCAUCCCACACUAUUCUAAUGAUUGGCCUCAGUGUGCGCCUGUCUCACUGCAGAUCUUUUAUUGAAAAUCCAUUUUGUGACAAUGCUUCACUAUUUAAACUUUCCUGUGAAAGUACAGUGAUUAAUAAUGUAUAUGGAUUAACUUUUACUGUUGUUUUACUUACAUCUUCAUUGGGGAGUAUGGUAUUAACAUAUCUCAGAAUAGCAAUGGUAUGCUUCAAAAGCAAAAACAAAGCAAGCAACAGCAAAGCCAUAAAAACCUCCAGGGCACACUUAGCUGUUUAUGUAAUCAUGAUGGUUUCUGGAUUCACCACCAUAUUACUUCAUCGUUUUCCUGAACUCUCUGAACAUAGGAAACUAUCUAGUAUAAUGUUCCAUGUUGUUCCUCCAUGCUUGAAUCCCAUAAUAUAUGGGUUGCAAGCCAAGGAAAUAAGACAGAAACUAUUUAAACUUAUGUAUAAAAGUAAAGUUAACUUCAUAUUUUUUUUUUCAGUUAAGGAGAUUGGAGCUGGUAUCACAGGACUUGACAGUGCAGCGGUCAGCGUGCCUGACAGUGGAGCGGCCGGUGGUUCUGGGAUGAGGACGUGA